CACAUUAUAUUAUUCGUCAAUCAAGUAAAAGAUCUGAGUUUAUGUUAUCCGUUUGGUUAAGAUGAUUAAGUCGAUCCUAUUGCGUCCCUGUUCAUCUCCCAUCCCCGGUGAUGUUAAAGAUAUCCACCGCGCGGGAUUAUCGCCGCCGUCCAAAACUCGAUUCGCUUCCACGAUUCGCUCUUCUUCCAGCAGCGACGCCUACAUACCGAAGCUCGAACCUUUUAGCAGAACGAAAUUCGAGCGGGCCGUCAAAGAGCCUCCCCUGAUUGAGAAGUCCGAGAACCAACUCGCCGAUUACUGUUCCACACUUGAAGGAGACGAUUCUUAUAGUUGCUGGAGAGCUUAUUUCGAGUUGAAAGAUCUUGAGAAAGAUACACCGAAAGAAGAUUUAGAGAAGAUAAUUAUUCAAGCAGGGGGUGUCAAGUCAUUGAUCGGACUCUUACAUGGAAUUGCAUCCAUCCGCAAGGGAAACAACAAUGGAUUUUCAAAUAUGGCUAAGCCGUUGGUUACCGAAAAUGAAGGUAAGAGAUUCUUGCAUAUCCCCGAUGGGUUGCCAAAAUCUGCAGAAGAAUUAGAGGAGGAAGAGAGAGGAAGAAUGCCUGAUUCCCCCUUUACCAGAAUGCUUAGAACUAAGGGCACAUUUCCUGCCUGGUACUCUCCUGCACCUGACCACGAGACCGAUUGAU